AAAACUCGGAUUCUGGAGUUGGCAAGGGUCACAUUUUCCAGCUGCUCCUCGGAGGAUGACGUGAAAACCAUAUGGUUACCAAAUCAAGAGCCAGGGUUCCUAAUCAAGAGCCUUAUUGCAGAUGUCGCUCCUACUGGUCUCACUGUUCGGCAACGAGGGAAGCUGGGAUACCGAGGUGCAAUCACCAACAUGUCCCUUCUGGAUGCGAGGAACCAUUUGUCUGCCAUCCGUGACCCCAACUUUGACCCUCGAAAUUACAGCCUCAAGGGAUAUGUUCUGACAGGAUCUUUCCGCACCAAUGGCUUCAGGCUUCAGC